AUGCGCUACCUACCCAUCAUCCUCGCCCUCACAGCGGGUGUCCCCGCCCUCGCCGAGACGAUCAAAAUUACGGCUGGGGAGAAUAACAAAUUUGAUCCAGAGUCCGUGACAGCCAAGUCUGGUGAUAUUCUCGAGUUCCGCUUCGGCCCCAAGAACCACAGCGUCGCCAUGGGCGAGUUCGACAGCAUCAACGGGCCCUGUGUCCCUGCAAACGAGGGCGGCUUCUUUUCCGGUUACUUCGCGGUGGAUUCCGGCGAAAGUGACAAGGUUUUUCGAGUUACCGUCAACGAUACCGAGCCGAUUGUAUUUUAUUCAACGCAGGGCUGGCUAGCCAUGCGUAGCAUGAGCCGACGUCGCAUCCGUUUACUUACGCGAGAAUUUCUUCCGCAGGGCCGCGAGUGUUCCGAAGGCAUGAUCGGUGCCGUCAAUCUUGCGAGCGAGAAUGACUUGAGCACGUACCGUGACAAGGCUAGCAAGCUUAGCCAAGCGGUCGCCCCCCGCGAUGUCUUCGGUGGCGUCGUUGCUGACGCUGACUCCUCCUCUGAGGAUAAUGACGACUCCAAGGGUAAUCAGGAUAAAAAAGAUGGCGAGGGAGCCGCUGCAUCGGUCAGGGUGGGCUUGGCUAGUGCCUGUGUUGCUGCAUUGGUCGCGCUGAUGGUGUGA